AUGCGGGCCGCUCACAACCUUGAUCCAGCGAAAACCUGUUUAGCUUUUUCGACUGCUGUGCCCUAUUUCGUCUCCAACCGUGUUGACUCUGUUCUGGCCCUGGGUCUCAAGCAGGUGACGAAGGCGAGUGCGGUAGAUUUGGGGUAGUUUUCUCACCUGCAUAAAUUACUUCAUGCGCAAGCCACCGUCCCUAAGCCUUACCUGCUUUUGGACACACAGUGGACUGUUCUAGCGUAGGCCGUUCAGCAUACUCGGGUUUCUGCUAUUAGAAAAUUCAUGAUUUUCCGCUUAACGGAUGAUUUUACGUCCACGGUUUCUCCGUAUUUCCAAGGAAAGCUGUCGUCACCAGACGGCUUAAUGCUGUUUUCAGCACUGCUCAUGUAACCUCGUUUUCUGAAGCUCGUUCACUUUAGUUUUGAUUUAUUUAUUCCAAAAAUCGCACGUUUUUCUAAUUUAUGAAACUUUACCAUAUUUAACAUUUCGAAGCAAUGUGUCUGCGCAUAUAAUGUCACUUAAUUUUAUGCCAAACAUCGCAUACUUACUCUCGUCUUCAAGCAAAGGUGAGAUAAUAUUUCGUUUAUAUUUUUGGUUUUAAUAUAUAUUCUUUAGAACUGCUGAUUCAUACUGUACCAAAUUAUGGGCAAACAAAAGAUAUAGAAUUCUGAGCAUGCGCAGAUUUACGUGAGUUCUCCCAAGGCGAAAUUAGAUCUGACCUUAUUAAUCCUGAUAUUCAUUGCAAAACCACCAGCCGAUGAGGGGAGGAAAACGCCAUGUAAGGGAUUCCUAAUAAUCAUUACUCUGCUCUUUGAGAUUAGGCGGUCUGCCGGUUUACGGGUACUAAACAUAUAGGGACUUUGGCUGGCGGGUUGACUAUAUACAAAUCAGUGGUUGGCAGCAAUCCGCGAGAACCACGAGCAAAGCACGAACUAAUCAUCAUGGCUACCUAGUGGCGAUAAGGACGGAGAGACCGAAGAAGCAUUUCUUCAAUAAUUAUUAUUUGAAACACAAAAUAAGUGGCGAGUGUUGCAAUGGAAUCUUCGUUUAAUUUCGUUGAGGAGUUAUAGCAAAAUUUGAUAGAAAUGCGGGCUGCGUAUAAAGAAAGAUUUGAUGUUGUUGUCUAAACCAGACUUAGGUUCUUAACGUUCGAUCGCUAUAAAAAUGCAUCAAUGAGAAGAGGUGUCUAACAAUUUAUCACAAUAACCAAUCUCAUGCAUGCUGCAUGCAGUAGUACUUAUCUUCACUUUUUUGAUUAAAAAGGGUUCUAAACUGGCGUAAGGUUACAUGAGUUCCUCCAAAUUGAAUGAAUUCACCGAGUAGAUACUAGGCUUUGUACGAAAUUCCUAUUUGUAUCCCGAAUACAGGUGUAUUGGUCUUCAAUCUGUGUUUAGACAGCGUAUUGACAGUCGUAUGCAGAAUUUGCUAUUACUAUUUCAUGUAUUUGUCGUGUGUUGUACUGACGAAGUGUUCUUACACGAGGCCUAUGGACUAAGCUAUAAUGUUUGUAGAUAAUACGAUGGCGUGCAUUAUUCUUUCGUCUAAUGUCAGCUUAAUGCACAAAAGCCCAAAGUCCUACGAUGCGCUUUAUAAUUUAUCUUUAAUCUGGUAUACAAAAAACGACCAGAUUGCUUACACGUCGCUAAGUGUGCUUGUUUUGCAGUUACGUUUAAGUAAACAGCACUAGAUGAACUCCAUAUCUACUAACUGUCCCACACUUAGGACUUUCCCACCACGUUCACUUGUUUUGUACGACAUUAAAGUCACGUUGAUCGCAGGGUUUAAUAUUUUUCACCAAGCGCCACUGAGGAGGCGGUAAAAAUAGUGGGGAUAAUAAAUUCCUGGACCGAUCUCCUUGGAACUAAUUCUCUUAAUGUUCAAGUGUAAAAAGAUAAUUUAUAUAACACCAAGGAGGCCAAACACUCUAAGUGAAGCCACAUAAACAGCAAUUUAUUCGUGGAUGACAGUUGCCGAGGGAUGUUUAGAAAUACUCAAUGACUGCUAUUUCUAGUCAUAUUUUGGCGUAACGGCCUCGUAACUAUGCCGUCCGUCGCUACGAAUUCUAUCCGUUUUCCCUUUUGUCUAGCCAGUCCGGUAUGCGUUCACGUACUUCCUUUUUCGAGUGCCGCGUUGUACGACCAUUGCUUCCACACCAGAGGGCAAGUACAUGAGUAAAUGCAAAUUGAUGUGGGCCUGCAAUGGUAGUCGGUAUCUACUUCCUAAGCAUAGAACGGGAGAGCUCCUGAAUCCUCGGCGUUAAUACGCCGCAGGGAAAACGCUAGUAAUUGCCGUCUCUAGGCAUUGUCAAUCUAGGUCACUUGCUGCGUCACCUUGAAAAGGUAGUGUUAUAAAUAAAUCUUUCUUUCCUACGAGUGUCCUAAUAGGCUUUUCAGUGCGUCCCCCAAUAUUUCGUAAAAUAAGUCUCUCUGCGUAUCCAUUUCAACGGAGUAUAUCCCACAACUGCUUGAGUUCUGCUUAAACAAUCUCGGGAAAGCAGAUAUGCCACAUUUUAGCAGCCAAUCCCUGAUGUUUAAAGGAGCAAAUCUACCGAAAUUAAUGCGUUGUCCCAUCCAGGUUCUCUUUCAAAGUAGUCUCCGCUGGAUGGAUCUGUUCUCUCAUUUGUGCAGAGGGGCGUCAAGGAAUUCGAGUUCAUUGUCUGCUAUAAACUUUGACGAGAAAACUUUUGGAUCGGGACGUCGGUUUCAUUCCUCCUCGAGUUCCAAUUUCUAUGCUAUCGUGUUGACCUUAAAAUGAGUUGUCGAAAACAUUUGUCUGCCAAAGUUCAAAAUAUUAUUUGAAUUUUAAAACGGAAAUUUUAAAAUGUUGAAACAAAGAGCUAACAGCGGGCGUUAUUGUCGUGCUGAAGAGCGUGGGGAAAUACAGACCUGCAAAGCUAACUGUUUAGAGUCGGCAGGACGUCUGGGUAUAUAAAAUUAACUUGUUUGCCUACACCUUGACUUACCGCAUUUACCCUGUGAAAAAUAAAUUUUUUAGUGCGACAAGCUGCAUUUGGCAAAACUCUCAAGUUUGAACUACUCUCCUCUGAUAGACGUGCUUGCGUUAAUGCCCAAAGAUAUGGCAGGAUAGUUGUUAGCAUACAAGGCAGCCGAAAUACAGGGUAACAUAAAAUAAUGCUUAAAUAUCAAAUUAUUUCGACCGAUAAAAUUACUUAUAGGCAUAUUUUACACAAAAAUCUCUCCUUCAAAUUAGUGUAUUCAAAUUAGGAACUAAAAGUUUUGUCCAGAAACAAACAGCAUAUAUAAAGUGUGUUUUUUCAUAUGCCUUCAUUGUCAAUAGUGUUAGACCAAUGGAACGCAAUAAAAAUGAACGAUCUCCUCAUUAUCUGGCUUUACUUUGUAACAUCGGCUUUUGCCGUUUUCAUUUGCUAAGCAAUGGCGUGUUGCAUUUUCGAUUCGAAAAACUGGAAGGUGUUUCAAUCAAGAUUAGUCACUGAAGGCAAAUCACGGGUAACAUUCUAAAACCAAGUACUUUCAAUGUUCUUCUUUAAGGGAGCCCAGGACUACAAAAUCAACUUUCCAUAUAAAAUUGUUUUUGUUUGACACAUACAUUAGUGCGUUUCUCUGGUCGAUUUGGUGGAGUGAGUUACCUUAGGAGAUCCUGCGUGACAAAAUUAAUAAACUUGCUCAGAAGCACUCUGUCUUUUUGCCAUUUAUUUUUAUCAUUGUGUGUGCAUCCUCCCAAAUUCUUCCUAGGACUUGAUAUUUUGUUUUUUUCCAACAUAUAUAUUUCCAGGUGGUCGCAUUCAUAAGCACACUCCUAAAUCUUUAAGACAACCUAUAAUAGGACUGUGGGGAGAAGUAAAUCCUUGAAAUUUACAUAGAUACGAGAAACAUAUGCUUAAUUUCCGGUGAUAAUGCAUAACGCACAAUUGGUGGCGACCGUAAAGCUUACUUUUAACUGAAUUUCGACAUCGAGAACAAAAUGGAGAUAUCUUAAAAUUUAGGAUUAAUCUUUCUCUAAGUUCCAAAAGCGCAUAUGGCCAGAUGAUGGGAUGGACAAACUCUCAGUCGAAGUUAAUAGGAUGCUUAUAGUUAUAGUAGUAAGAGGGAUACGAUGAGUACUAGGCGCCUUGGCAGCAAUGAAUUAAACGUUCAUGACUCGGAGGACUGCGGGUGAAAGUAACCUUGUUCCGGGCAUAUGUUUUUGUUGGAUAAUUCUGAAAGUAUUUGUAAAUCGACCAAUGUUAAUUUGUUAAACUUAGUCAAUUUGCACGUACAAAACUUCCAUGUCUGUUCAUUUCGAGCAUAGGAUUGCGGAUCUUGCUAGGUUAUUCUAAGCAAUCACUUCUGCUGACGACCGAAGGUUCUGUAUUGUAUAUUUCCUCUAAAAGCGAAAGCAUUGUUAGCAUUCGAAAUGUCUUUGGAGUUGCCUAUUCCUUAUUAGAUGGCAUAAUCUGGUUUGCUUGGGUCAGAUAGACACGAUAAGUACAAGAUAGUGGUAGUUGCAUAAACAGCGUUAUCCGAAACAGCACUACUCACAGACAGAAACACGCCUUUCAGCAGAAAAUACUCUUUCGUUUUAAGUCUCUCUUUAGAUCCGAAUUUCAGUUGAGGCUAAGUGAACAUUGAAGUCCCUAGCUGAAUGUUUCUGAAAAGAGAGGAAUUCAAAGAUAUUUUGACUCGAUUGCGAAAAACGUGAAGACCUCAUUAGGAUCCGAACCCAGGACACCAAUGAAAAGGCCUGAAUACGGUUAAUGUUUUAGCCACUCGAACUACGAGGCCCUUCCAGAAUCUGUGAAUUUGAUCGCAUUUGAGUCUAGCUGCCCGCCCAGCCAACUGCAAUGUGUGAGGUACAUCAAAGCUGAUGCAGUAGGACGAGUAGCCAAGCAGGAUUUCCUAAGUCAUCAAUCUAGCAUUCAUUAUGACUACCAGGCUCACUUAACUGAUCGGUGCUUGGGCAGAUGUUGAUUAAUUAACUCGAAUUCAUAAACAGAGUUCUAAGGCACUACCGUCAGCCGGCCGCAUACUAUACGGGAAUUGUUUUAGCACGAAUAGUUAAUAACCCCACACUGGUGAAAACGAAUCAUGCGUAUGCAAUUCUUUCUUUCCACCUUUCAGAACAUUUAUCCACCGUUAGCAAUAUUAAUUUAAAGUACAGUUUCCGGUUUAAAGACGUACAACCCUAAGCAGGUAUGAAGUACAUGCCUUAUAAGUUGAUCAUAAGUUGUCAUAUAUGACGGGCUAAUUAACGGAACGCCAAAACAAUAUUGGGAGCCAGCCCGAUUAAAUUAAACGGCACAAUCUGUAGACUUUUCAGUACGCCCUGCAGUUUACUGGCGUACGAUUGUGUUCCCUCACAACAAUUAUCAACACGAUUUGCUAAUUCAAGCGAAUAGGCAAGUUCCAGGAAGUAGUAGCCAAUAAGGAGACGCGAUUGCUGGAACAGGAGCUUUAUUUGCCGGAUGUUUCGGAUUGUCAAUCGAACCCAUAAUUAGAGACAGAGUCAGGUAAGCAUAAUAAAUUGCCCAGGUGUCGUUUGCCGUGUCUAGCGCAGUUGUGGGUAAAACAACUAUGUCGGGGAAACCGGAAGACUACUGCGGAGGCGUUUGGCCGAGAACGCAGCAGCGAUGAGUAGGCAAGACGCCAGCUGCCAAGCAGCGGUUCACUCUACGGAGCCCACCCACACAUUCAUGUUCGAUGAAGCAGAAAGUCUCGCUAGAGAUGACAACCGCGUGAGCCGCGAACUGCUCAAGUUAUUUUUUUCCGGUCCUCAGUCAAUCAACAAGCGCAACGAACCCCCCACGCCGUAUUUGGCGCCGAAACUUUAUAUAAGCAAAGUAGUUAACCGAGAGGACAACGUUUGGAUGACUACUGUUUCUGCUGUCAAUAUCGGCGAACAAAAUUUGUAAUGUCUGCCCUUAAUCCCUUAUGAUGGAUAAGAAAAUAAACUACCGUUUUUAUUUUCAGUAUGCUGUGUGGGUACAUUCGCCGGACAUGUUACUUGCGCAUGGUUUUGCGUAAAAUAGAAGAUAAUAGAAGAAAAUCCCAGGUGGUGACCGAAGUUCUGGCUCUUCUAGACAGCUAACAAAUGUCCCACAUUAUCCUUUAUAUUGAGCCUGGAUAUGCCAUAAUUGAGAUAACUGUUGCGGAAAGACUAAACUUCACCCGUUGCCAUGUUCCACUGAGCAUUGACGGUAUACUAACACGCAUCAACAUAACGCUAACAAACAGUUAAUUUUAGGUAGUAUAAUAAAUGAACUUUUCACAAAUCAAAUUUUACUGUUCGCUCGACGUCUUGAAUACCACUAAAAAACUAAUAACGGGCUUUUUGUAAUUUUGGCAAGGAACGAAAUUCUGGACUUACCCUGUUAAAUCCCUUAUUGAAAGAAAUAUGCAAGCUAUGCCUGAACUCAUACCCUGCAGUGGCUCCGAUAGGCACCAUCGAAGUUUGCACGUACUUCAGUCUCGUGGGCGUAACAGAAAAAAUGUUUUCCCUAUACUGAAGCUUGGGGUUUCAGCUGAGCACUUGUAACGUUUUUUUGUCUGUUAUUCGGCAGCAGAGUAGACAAUGUGGAUUGUGGUGUGGGUCGAAUCUUCGCUGAGUUAGUCAGAACUACAUGUCUCGGGCGCGCAUACUUAGGGACGAAGGCAUGAAGGAGAAAAAAUUCCGAAUGUCGACACUGCAAAAAUGUUUCUGCUUAGUUUUUUAUGACCCACAGUUCCUACCAUCCUGUGGAUACUUUGUUGACAAAGGCAUUUUUAGCGUGACACUAGUCAUUGUAGCAUGACGGACAUUAAUCUUUAAAUUUAUCAUCUGCCCAGCCAUCACCGAGAAAAAUCGAAGUGAAAUCCGACGGAAAAUGGCGUUGUUGGGCAUUUUAUUUUGGACUAAGAUGGUUCCACCACGUAACUCAGAUAGUAAAAAAAAACUUCGGUGUCCGCUAUUCAAGUGGAAAGGGUUUCGCGGUCGGUCAGUUCAUAAAAUUUAAAGCAAGAUUAAUGAAAUUAUCCGGCUCAGUGGAUAUCGACGGGUAUCCAGUUGUAAGUUUAAAGUGAUAUAUUAAAGAAGAAAUAUGAUGAAACUAUUAACUUAUUUAUGUAUGCAAUGUUCAACUGAUUUAGUUCGGUAAAAAAAUUAACAAUUUUAUUUGUAUAAUAUGCAAACUAAGUGGUAGAUAAUCUAAAAUAAUUGGUUAAAUGUACGAACGAAAUCCGAUUCGUCUUACAUGCAGUCAGAGAACUUUCAGAGAGCUUUCAGUCGAAACAGAUUACUUAAAUGGAAUUUUUAUGCGGGUUAUCAUAUUUUCCUAUCCCAGGAUAUUUGAGCCGCACUGGAAUAUGUGGAAGAAGACUUAAUUUUCUACCGACUAAGCAACAAAAUGAUUAUUUUUGUACAUGUUUUCUAUGGAAUAUUAUUGUAUGAUUAAGGGCAUCAAAAAUCAAUGGGAAAAAUACAUACUAAUUAGGCAGUCAUUUUACACAAAGUACAGUUCUUGCAUGAUUCUGGAAGACGUUCUUCCGAAAGCCGGCAUCCUGGCCUAACUGGAUUAUUAUAGAAGUAUGCUGCAGGGCGAUUGGUUUUACAAUCUGACAUGCUUAAUCUUUUCGAAACGAAAACAUAUUUUGAAAUUUUGGUUGAAAUUUCAUGAGUUAACCCGUCUACUGUAGUCUCACCAAGUCAUAUAACAACGUAAUGACAUGGAAAUAGAAUUUCGGCGCAUUCUUUCCACGCGGUGGUUCUUUCCCACAUAUUUGAGGAUGAUUUUCUUUUGGGUACCAUAUGAGAGCGCUACUGGAUCAUAAGACUUGCGAUGGAACAAGGAGUAAACGCAUAUUCUAAAACGUUUUUUCCAGGAAAAAGUAUCCUGUUGCCGUAAUCCCUUUCUUGUUCGCGCUGAGUUACCUUCUAAAUCAAUGCGGAUUGACAGUGUGUAACGAUCAGUGUAAUUAACUUCCCAUUAAACUAAACUUAGCUUGGGUUUAUGGUAUGUCACGUGAAGAAUUCUUGUCCUCAUUUUUAAUACAUUUGUUACAGCAUUGGCUCGACCUACUUGAUCGAGAGUCGUGUCUUCCGUCCGAACUUGUGGAUAAAAGAAGAAGAUGAAGAUGUUUAUUUGCCUUCGUCUUGAAAAAGCCCUGAUAGGUGAUUGUGCCGACAUUAAUUAGCAAAUCAUCCCUACUUAAUAGCAAAAGCAGCGAAAGCCAAAUCGCAGAUAGCUAUGCACAAGAUUGUGUGAACGCGCCUAGCAGAUAGUUACGAACUCCACUAACCAGAAUCACUUGCCCCCGGUAUGUUUGAAUUAAUAUGAAAAUUAGUAGGAUCCUCGAAAAGACUAGGUUAUAUACCACGACUGACGUGUACAUUUGUAAGCAAACAAGGCCGUCAUUGGGAAUUUAUAGGAAGCUCCUAAAUCGCAGGAGUUCAUCCUUUGAUGCUCAGAUUGCUUUUAAGACUGCACCUGAGUCGUUAAUUGCCGUAAUGUCACUGCCGUUGUUGUUUCUUGACGUAUUAAUAAAUCGACACCCGAAAAAAUGGAUAGGCUCUUCUAUGAAUGCAGCCAAGGGGGGAGGGUGCAGUUACUGAGAAAGAAGUGUAAUUGUAUGAGGUUACGGAUUCUCACUCGAAUCCGUCAUCAGAGACGUUGCAGAAAUUGGUAGAAUAAACAAGAAGAGCACAGGUAUUAUAGGAUGCAGUUCCCCGACAGUCACAUCCCCACAGUCGCUGUUGGAUCGUAUUUGAUGUGAUAAUUGCUUGUCAGUCGGUACCCAAGUUCUUAAAUGUUGUAAUUUCAUCAACGCCCGCAUUGAGAGGCGCAUGCCUCAAAGAGCAGCGUUUGACUGCAAAGUAUAGACAUUCUAAGUCCACUAAGGAAGCACACAUUCCCAUCCCAAAACAUUAUCGGUCUAGAACUCCGUUUUUGCUGAAGUCAGGGCGACAUUUUUGAAAGUCUUAUUAUUCAAUGUUCUUCGUAGAAACCUACUUGAUCCUGUGCUAGAAACACACCGACUGAAAUUUUCUCAUCAUUUACACUGUCCAUAAAUCCAAAACACACUAUAAAAAGUGUUUUUCUGCUCACACGAGCAUGUAAACAUCCCUGCUAAUCUUAAGAAAUGCGUAGCUAUUAACGGGUGGAAGUAUACAAUGUCACUUACUUUCAUGCGCAUCAGUUACUAAAGGGAAGGAAACCUUAUGGGGGGAUGUCGACUGACCGCCCCAAAUGUGGGGGAGGAGUUGGCAGAACAGCUCGCAACUCCAUGCCUGUUUUGAAGAAGGAGACAUGAUUGCUGGGACAAGAAUUUUCUUAUCUUAACGUUUCGGAUUCCUGCUGGAACCCAUCACCAGAGACAAAAAAUCAGAUAGGGGUUGUCGACUGAGAGUUGCUGAUCGACUUCCGUGCGCUGGGUCUGUUCAAGGUCAUGCUUCUAAGGAGGUUAACAUCAAGUGAAAAAGAAGCCAGUCUCGGCAGCCGCGAUGACGACGACGGCAAGGACGGCGCACAUCUCACCUGGUGCCACGUAGAGGCACGAGUUCUGACGUCGUCUCUAACUGUGCAAGGCGUGGGUGGCAGACGUGGCAUUAGGAUAUUGUGCAAAGCAGGGUCUAAUUUCGAGGUCUGGUUUGGCGACAUAGGCUUCCCCUGUGCUUAUGCUUGUUUUGAACGUGUUGGAGACAAAAACAAAUGAAAUUGCAAACCAGACAGGUGACUGGGGUUUGGUCACUUCAGGUGGGGCUGCAGAACCACAUCCAACCGACGAAGCCGCAACAGGCCUGUUGUCGACUGAGGGCUGUUGAUCGACAUCCGUGCGCUAGCUCUGCUGAAGGUCAGGCUUCUAAGGAGGUAAACAUCAAGUAAAAAAGAAGCCAGUCUCGGGCAGCGGCGACGAUGACGACGGCAGAGACGGCGCACAUCUUACCACGGUGCAACACGGGUUCUGUCGCAGCCGUCUGAGAGUGCAACAACACUCAAAGGCGUGGGUGGCAGCGGUUGCGGUACGGCGUUGUACGUAAUUCACAUUUCCUGUUCUUCCUUUGUUCAUGCUUGUUUUUGAGGCUAUUUGUCAAAUACUACAUAGGUUUUGGAGACAAAAACAACUAACAGUGCGAAAUUAGACGGUCACAAACUAAGGAUGCUAAGGACUGACUGAUAUAAGGCCUUCGAAAUCAUUAUAACGCAUUCAUUUGCUUUUUAAAUUGCUGUUACUAGCAGAGUUCUCAUAUGGCUUUCUUUUCUUCUAAUCUUAUUAACUUUUAGACUGUAAAUUCGAAAGUAGCUUCAUUUUUAGGGAGCAUAUUGCAGUUUUCGUCAACUUUUCUCAGUUUGGACCUUACUCGAAAAAUUGAAUAAGUUUAUUCUUGACGUAAUUGAACAGUCUAAGGGUACCACAAAAUUGACAUUUCGGAGGGAAAAUCCCCGUAGUUUCGGAUAGAUAACAAGGAAGUGGGAUCAAAGUGAUUGUGCGCGAUACGACACUAAAAGACGAAAAGGUUUUUCGGCAAUGUUACGUGGCUGCUCUGUAAUGACAUGGCUUAGCAACAGUUGCCGGAUCAUCCGAAUUUACUCUUUAAUAUAAAUCCACCGCGACAGAUAAGUUCGAAGUUUCUAUAUCGUGAAGCAUUAUUUAACUCCGGAAAAAUUCAAAAGGCAUUUAGUAAAAUACUCAUGCCAGCUGAGAUUUUCUAUAUGAAAUGUCCUGUUAACUAGACCUCUGUUUAACCUACUCAGUGCAUGUCUAGCACUUUCUAAAUUGAAAUUACUUCGGAGGUGAAUAUUACUUAUUCAGAAGAUGACGCAAAAUCGGCCACGGAUGACCGGAGGCAAUAUUGGGCUGAAAUAACGACCUCCACGGAACAGGCCUCGAACGUUGGUGACACUCGAAAGCUCUACCGUCUGAUCCGCCGAGCUAGCGAUAAGCCGCCUACACUAACUGACUCUGUUCGUAAUGUGAACGGCGGCUUUAUUGUCGACAACUCAACCAAAGUCGAGCGUUGGCGUGAACACUUUCAGCAUCAUCUUAACUUCAACACCCAACCUAUCUCGCCCUUGCUCGCCUCUUCAGCGGAUUUUCUUCCCUCUCCUGCCUAUGCGGAGGCAAGCGAUCCCACCUACGAGGAAGAAGUCGCCGAUGCUAUACGAAAGUUGCGCAACAGCAAGGCACCCGGAGAGGACGGUAUACCCGCUGAAGUCUUCAAGUCUUGUGUCGAGCGCCCUGGCUCAAUGAGGUGAUUGAACGACCCUGGAAAGACGAGGUUUGUCCUGAUGACUGGGGCUUAGGCAUCCUUGUACCUGUCCUCAAGAAGGGAGAUAAGACGAGAUGCGAGAACUACCGCGGCAUAAGUCUCAUCGACGUUGCUGCGAAGAUCUUCGCUAUUGUACUUCUCAGGCGAUUCCAGGUUGUGCUUGACUCAAGGACGAGGUCCAAUCAAGCCGGAUUUCGUGCUGGAGUGGAUGCGCAGACCAGAUAUUUACACUGAGGCACAUUCUCGAAUUUCGCCAUAGCUACCAACAACCGACGGCCGUCUGCUUCAUCGACUUUGCCGCCGCCUUCGAUUCCGUUCACCGUGAAUCCCUGUGGCGGAUAAUGGCGCUAGAUGGUGUACCGGCAAAUAUCAUCGCCAUAAUCAAUACCUACUAUCGCUCCACUACUGCGGGAGUCCUGGUCCGCAACAAUCUUUCCUAA